GUAAUAGAAGGUUGUUGAAAAAAAUUAGUGUGACCUGAUAGAAAAUUACCUUGAAUCAAGUUGUGGUGUUUAUUUAAAAUUUCUCUUAAUUUUUUUUUUUUGUGUUAAACAAAUAUUCGUUUGAAAAUAAAUUUAUUUUGGGAGUGUACAAGUCGAAGCAUUGCUAAAUGCAAUGGUUUUCUCAAGUGUAACGAAUCGAAUUUUUUUAAUGCGAUAUUGGAAUGUCUUGUUAUUUGUUUUUUCAUUGUUUCUAUGCAAAAGUGAUGCUCAAUUACAUUUUGCUAGUCUAGGAAAUUGGGGAUCAGGAUCCUCAGCACAAUAUGCUUGUGGAAAAACGUUAAGCGUUUUUUGUGAAAAGCAGCCUAUAAAACAUAUAAUAUCACCUGGAAGUAAUUUCAUUGGGGGAAUUGAUGGAUUAAAUGAUACUAAAUGGAAUACGAGCUUUACACAGGCGUAUCUUCACAGCAAUUUGAAAGUACCGUUUCUUACAGUUUUAGGUCUAGAGGAUUGGAAUAAAAACUACACUGCAGAAAUUGUUUAUACGAAUAUGACAUAUCACACAGAUAGUAUAGAAGAAUCUAAAAAAGCAACGGCCCCAGUAUGGACAAUGCCUAACGCAUGGUAUCAUCGUUUAGAUCAUUUUCGUGAUACAACAAAGACGGGAGUUAAUUUUGGGUCAUCACGAGCGUCUGUGAUUUAUGUGAUGAUUGAUACGUAUAUUUUGAGUGAAAAUUUCCCUCAGCAAAAUAUUACUGAAUUACAUUGGAAUGAUUUAAGAGAAACAUUGACAAUUGCUGGAAGUGUGGUAGAUUGGGUAAUUGUUGUUGGAGACAAGCCCAUUUUAUCUUCUGGUGCAAGUAAAGGAGAUGCUUAUUUAUCUCAAACAUUACGUCAAUUAUUAAAAUCAACUAAUGUGGAUGCCUAUAUCUCAGGAGGUGAUUUUAAUAUGGAAUUAAUAGAAGAUGGUUCUUUGAUUCAUAUCAAUUGUGGAACCGGUUCCUCUUCCGAUCAUAUACCCCGAACUGCUAUGCCUAAUUCGGUUUUCUAUGAUAAUAAAGUUGGUUUCUGUUUUCAUACAUUAACAAAAACCGACUUUACGACACAGUUCGUGGACGGUCAUACAGCUGACAUUUUAUUUGAAUACAAAAAACGCUUAAAUAAUAGACCCAUGUCUUACCUGGAUAGAUUUAACAAAUAUCAUAAAUUACCUAUGAAUCUGUAUAUUCCUAUCCAACUUGGACCAACUCUUGUAAUGAAUGAAAAAGAUAUUUUCUUACGUAUAUGUGGAACCAUUGGACUUAUUGUAGCCUUUUAUUUAGUAGCGCUUUUAUCAGUUGUUUUUGGUUCACGAGCAUUUAAAGCCAUUAAAUAAAACCAUUGAUUUUUAAUAAGAAAGGGUGUUUUUUCGAGUGCUAAAAAAUUUUUUAACCCCAAUUGUGUGUUGAGGUUUUCAAAUCGUUUUGGUAUCAAAACAAUGUUUUUCUUUCGUCUACCGUUUCCUUUACAAAAAAAAAGACUUAAUUUUAAACUAUUUAUAGUA